GUCAGCAGUGAACGCAACUUUAUUCGCUAAAAAUGCGCUGUAUACUCGCACUUCUGUCAGCUGCAUUUUUAAUAUUUUGCUUUGGCUCACAUUUCAGCCGUGCCGAUGAUGGUUAUCGCAGUUUUGGUCCUGAAUUUAAAGCUACUACAGGCGAAGUUUGGCCAAAACCGUACCGCCAAGCGGAAAGCAGUACUUUUUACGCGAUUAAUGCCACGAAUUUGCAGUUUGUCGCUGUGAACGAGAAUUGUGCGCUGCUGGAAGAUGCCUUUUCGCGGUACAUCAACAUCAUACGCGCUGCAACGCAAGGUUAUAAUCGCGCCCCUGCCACCGCCACCGUUGGCAUCGUCCAAACAUUUCUUGUCAAUCUUACACAACCCUGCGAAAACUUGCCACAUCUCGACAUGGAUGAGUCAUAUUAUUUACGCGGCGAUGGAGUGGUAAGAGCCAACUCCAUUUGGUGUGUAUUGCGUGGUUUGGAGACCCUCUCCCAACUAUUAGUGCCAAUGCCAAAUGGACUGCUACUUACGCGCAGUACAGAAAUUUACGAUCAACCCCGUUUCAAAUAUCGCGGGCUGAUGUUGGACUCCGCAAGGCAUUUUGUGAGUAAGAAGAAAAUUUUGCAACUGAUCGCUGGUAUGGCCUACAAUAAGCUGAAUGUUUUCCACUGGCAUAUGACGGAUGACUCAGCAUUUACCUACAAUUCAAGCGUUUUUCCGGAGUUGGCAGCGAAGGGCGCCUCUCGACCUGAACUGACCUAUUAAGAAGAAGUGGUGGAAUAUGCGCGUGUACGGGGUAUUCGUGUGGUGGCAGAAUUUGAUACGCCAGCUCAUACAGCCUCUUGGGGUGCUUCACAUCCGGAGAUACUGACAAAAUGCGCUGGGAAAUAUAUCGGCCAACUUGGUCCCUUAAAUCCCACAAAAGAAACAACUUUUAACUUCCUCUACAAGCUUUUCAGUGAAAUUAAAACCCUUUUCCCCGACAAAUAUCUGCACUUGGGCGUGGACGAAGUCGAUUCUGCCUGCUGGGAAUCAAAUGCCGAUAUUCAAGCCUAUCUAAAGGCGCAUGAACUGGACAAUGGUGACUUAUCAUAUCUAUAUUUAGAGCGUUUUUCGGCAAAUAUCUCAGCCUUGGGCUGGAAGCAGAUGGUGUGGCAGGAGGCCAUGACCGAAAACGCUUACAUGGAAUGGCCCCCCGGCACAAUUGCACAAGUGUGGUUUGAUUAUAAGAAAAUUAUGGCCGCACUCACGAAAAAAGGUCACGAUAUCAUCAUGAGCGAUGGUUGGUACUUGUAUGUGUUGGACACUGGCGCCGAUUGGGAAAAGUUCUACGAUAUUGAACCGACAAAUUUCAGCGGCAGUGCAGCACAGAAAGCGCAUGUAAUUGGUGGUGAAGCUUGUCUAUGGAGUGAGUGGAUUAAUGAGCAUAAUGUGCUGCCAACAACAUUUCCGCGUGUGAGUGCAGUGGCCGAGCGUUUGUGGUCCCCGCAGGAGUUACGUGAUACAGAAGCGGCGCGAUUACGUUUGGAGGAACAUAACUGUCGCAUGAUAGGGCGAGGAAUCGAAGCUCGACCGGCUAAUGGUUUUGGCAUGUGUUGAUUGCAAAAGCAGCAGACUAUUAAGAAUAAUUGAGAAAUACAAAAUUACUCAGUGCUCAUAAACUUAUUCACAGACAGCGGAUGAGCAAAGAUGUUAUAAUCAACUCGAAUUAUGGUUUUCAUUAUUAUAAAGAUAAUACAAAUUAAUGAAAAUGUCAAUAAAAAUUAAACCUUGGAUGUUAGACAGAUA